AUGACGACCACGAAACGCAUGGAACGGCAGCGGCUACGGAAGGGACGAAGGCAGAGCCAUGUGGAAUGCGUAGAGGAGGCACAGGAGAUAUCGUAUGAAAAAGGUGCAGGAAGUCUGGCUCUGAUCCAGCCAGAGCGGCAGACCCCAAUUACCCAAGUUGCCCUCCGAAACCGCCCCAUAGGCAACAGUAGCGCAGAAGUAAGAUCAAAACUCGGGGGCCCCCUCCAGCAACAGCGUUACCCGUGGAGGCGGACAGACGCUGAGAGUUCAGCUGUCUGA